CUGUUUCGCAAGACGUGUACGUCCCUCCGGGCGAUUCUGAGGAACCCUCCGUCAUAACAAGCGCCGAUGAGCAAAGCAAACACGCGUGAGACACAUUAAAGGACCUGCACGUUGGACGAGUGAAGUAGUUGAAAGCGAAAAUGCAGCGAUGCCAUGCAGCACCUCGUGUCAUCCAUAAGAAAGGCUUAUGUUGACAACAUCCAAGCAGAAGACAAACAGAUAGAGGAGGAUAUCGCGGAUGCGCCAGAAGCCUCCGGCGACCAUUCUCCAGAGACUCUGCAACGGAUUGAGGAACUCCAAAGAAAAGCAGCAAACGCAGAAGCACGUGCUGAGGACCUUCACGCCGCUGUGCGUGAAGAAGUGAGGAGACAUGAAGAGACACGGCCGCAUCAAGCUCUCUAUAAGAAUCAACGACUCAACAGCAUUCAAGCAAACGAAAAGCAGGUUAAUAACUCUUCUUCUUAUACCUUUGAAUCAAAGUGACUACCGCGUACAUCACGCAUUUAACCAACUACGAUCCUUGGUGAAAGAGGCUGAGGAAGCAACGAAGCUAUUGCAGCAAUCCAGAUUCCAGACGCUUCCAUCCAGGAAGUUUACCAAUUACAUCGGAGUCCUAGAUGCAUAAGAAACGAGCUCGACUCUCGGCAUUUGAAGCUAUAGAUGCACGAUUGUAUCAUAUGAAUAUUCUCAGCACAAAAUUGCAACUUAACCCAAUUCCCGUUUGACGUCCCUGCUGUUGUUGAUACAGACAUGUAACGCGGCGCUGCUGAAACUCAGAUAUUUCGGACAUGCUCUACUGUGGCUUAGUUGCUAAGAUAAGCCAUGCAAGGACUCUGGCUUAGUUCUUGUCUUCGACGUCCUCACAUCGACGGGUGGCGUACACAGCGAGGAGCACGGGCUCUAUAUCCUUUUGGCGUAUGACAGACAGAAGUAGCGAGAGAAACGGUUUUUCGC